CAAAAGUAGAAAACCUUAAAUGCGAUUCGUUAUUAUGCUUUUGUGAGGAAGAGGCGGAUAUAAAGAGUCAACAACUUCUCAUCUCUAUUGAGGAUUGAUCUCAACAAACCUUAAAAGCAAGAAACAUACAUGGGGUUAGCAGCAGAACCAGAUUCAAGUAAUGAUGACAAGACACCAUUGUUGCUCUCUCACCCUCUCAAAAGAACAGGGACGGUGUGGACGGCGGUGGCGCACAUAGUGACAGGAGUGAUAGGAUCAGGAGUGCUGUCUCUGGCAUGGAGCGUUGGACAGCUUGGAUGGAUUGCAGGGCCAUUCUCCAUUCUCAUCAUUGCUUCAUUCACUCUCAUUUCUUCUUUCCUUCUCUCCAACACUUACCGUUCUCCACAUCCUCAAUUUGGACCUCACCGUAGUGCCUCUUACCUUGAUGCUGUUCAUUCUCAUCUAGGACUAAAGAAUGGACGGUUAUGUGGCCUUGUUGUGAAUAUAAGCUUAUAUGGUUUUGGAAUUGCUUAUGUUAUUACAUCAGCUAUCAGCAUAAGAACAAUCUUGGUUUCAAUUUGUUACCAUACCAAUGAAGAAGAAGUAGCAUGUGAGUUUGUAGAUGCAUAUUAUAUGCUGAUUUUUGGGGCUAUACAAGUUGUACUCUCACAGAUACCAAACUUCCAUAACAUUGAAUGGCUUUCGGUUGUUGCUGCAAUCAUGUCAUUUGCUUAUUCUUUCAUAGGAAUGGGACUUUCCAUUCUGCAAAUCAAAGAAAAAGGUUAUGUUGAAGGUAGCAUUGAAGGAAUGAGAAGCAGGAGUAGAACUGAAAAGUUAUGGCUUGUUGCUCAAGCACUUGGUGACAUAUCAUAUUCCUAUCCAUUCUCAACAAUUCUCUUGGAAAUUCAGGAUACUCUGAAGUCACCUCCACCGGAAAACCAAACUAUGAAGAAGGCCUCUGUGAUAUCGGUGGCGAUCACAACGUUCUUCUACCUUGGCUGUGGAGGAGCUGGAUAUGCAGCUUUUGGUAAUGAUACACCAGGAAACCUCUUAACAGGUUUUGGACCCUCCAAGUAUUAUUGGCUUGUUAACUUUGCCAAUGUUUGUAUUGUGGUUCACCUUGUUGGUGCAUAUCAGGUGUAUAGUCAGCCACUUUUUGCUAUUGUUGAGAAUUGGUUUCGCUCUCAAUAUCCGGAUAGUAAAUUUGUGAAUCACUCAUAUUUUUUGAAACUGCCAUUUUUACCGAAUUUUAAACUGAAUUUUCUGAGGCUUUCUUUCCGAACCGCUUACGUGGCAUCAACCACGGUGAUUGCAUUGAUGUUCCCUUACUUCAACCAGAUUUUGGGAGUACUAGGAAGCUUAAUCUUUUGGCCAUUAACCAUAUAUUUUCCAGUGGAAAUGUACUUAGGUCUGUCUAAUACUGAAGCAUGGAGUGCUAAGUGGAUCAUGCUUCGGAGUUUAAGCAUUUUAGGCUUUGUUUUUGGUUUGUUUACUCUCAUUGGUUCCAUUCAGGGAAUAGUAACUCAAAAAUUAAGCUGAAAACAAGUCAACAAGUCCUGAGGAACUAGUCACUAUU